UUUUAUGUACCUCAUGAUCGCAUAUAAUAACGGAUAUAUCACACCUAAACCUAGACUGCGGGAUCCCCGUAUUGCUGUAUGUUUUGAUUGUUUUCAGAGCGCGGAGAGUUCACAGACACUGGAAAACAUCGUCAGAGCCUUGCUAUCAUUGUCAUGUAGGAACAAAGUGCAGAAAUGGAUUUCAAAGACAUGCGCGCGUUUCUUUUCGGAGGCUAUAUAAAUGAAAGCAAAAGCCGUUUGUUUUCAAAAUAGACAGUCGCUCAAAGGUGUAUGGUCCACACAAAUCCAGCUUUCUCUUGGAUAUUGGAUAAUCAAAAACCAUUCAAGACGGACGGGGUCGUGGGGCACAGGGGAAGCCGCAGGGGGACCAUGAAGGAGCGGGACUUCAUGCCUAACAUGGAGAGAGGAAAACCUGCCACAUACACCGGGGACAAAAAGGCUAAGAUGGCCGCGAAGACGAACAAAAAGUGGGUGAGACUGGCCACUGUGUUCGCGUAUGUAUUAUCCGUGUCACUGGCUGCUAUCAUAUUGGCUAUUUACUACAGUCUGAUUUGGAAGCCAACAUCAUCAUCGUAUUCGGUUGUAAGACCAGGGCUACCCGAGGGGGUCAGUGUCGCAUCCAACCUCUCCACCAAAACCACCCCCAGCACUCUUGCCAAUUCCACGGACACAAAUUCCACGCAGACAGGCUCACCUUUGUUGCUCACUGUAACGGGUAAGACGGGGCUAAUAACUGACCCGCAAGACGAAACCAAGGCCCAAAUAUUUCAUUGGGGAAAUAUACCUAAAAGCCCUGCUGUUCUUUCAGGUGACACUUCAACUCAAAGUGCGCAGGUUCGACCCACAGGACACCAAACCACCUCACAAAGCUACACAAGCGUGAAGACCACAAGAGUUGCUGCCACCAAGCCAGCACCCCAGACUAUUCAUACUAUUAUUGCUGAAGAGGCUGCAGUAAAGAGAGAGGCCUCGGGGCUGAUCAAGACAUUUGAAAUGCCACAGGAGACCCACGAAGGAUCGGCAACUCUUUCCUCGACAGACUUCCAGUCUGCUGAAGCCUAUCUCAGGCUCGACGAGCUUUCGUCGGAAGCCCCGUCUGACGCAUUCAUGAGUUCAUACGGACCGUUUGGUGACACAAAUACUGAACAAACCCAGAGAACCUUGCAGAGACAGAACCAGGAGAGUCCGACGGAAUCACAACCUGUUACUGAUACAACUGAAGGGCCAUCUUUAUUAAAGGACCUGCCUACGAAGAAUUCUGAGGAUACAGUGAGAGACAAGCUUUUUUAGGAACGUCUUUUGAUAAAGCAUAAACUGUGAUAUGAAUGGUAUGUUGAUACAUAUUAAAUACAUAAUAGCUGCUUUAAAACUAAUAACUUUAUAUACGGAUAUGCCAUUACAUGUAUGUACACAACAUGCCUCAAACCUUAUUUUUAAUAUUUAUUUUGAAUAGUCCAAACCGCGGUCACGAGAUUGUCUCUGUCAACAAGAAACUUAUUGAAAACAUUUACACAAAUAUAUAGAGAUGAACGGUUUUGGAUUUCAGUGAGUGUAAAUAUUAUGUGAUUUCAAUAGGGAUAGCCAGUAUAUGGAAACUGAGCCAUGUUUCGAAUGAACAGUGGAAUUGGACAGGCAUUUUAAUUUGUGAUUCGCUUGAAUAUAGCUAUUUUCAUUGUAAUAAUUAAUCAGGAAUCGACUGGCAGCGGAACCCGUAUUGUGUCACGCUCAGGUACUAUGUGCAUAUAACCAUGUAAAUGUGGGAUAGCUACAUUGUAUUUGGUAUUGUACAUAGGAAAGAUCAUGUUAGUCAAAUUAGAUACUUUUUAUGAAAGACAAUGUUCAAUAGAUAUAUCAUGUAAUAAAUAAACUUUGUUUUAAAAGAUCGUUGUUUUGUAAGAUAUGGGCAUUCGAUUGUAAUGUAAACGCUCUUUUAUUGCA